UAGCAAUUCGCUAAAACUCCUGCAAACCCUCGAUCAGCUGGUAGGAAGGAAUUUAGGAUACGAUGGGCGAUUCGGAGAAGACGGCGGCACCUCUUCUUCUUCUUCUUCUUCUUCCCAGAGACAUUCUCGUCGAGAUCCUCACCAAGUUCCCUGCUAAAUCGCUAGUACAAUUCAGGUGCAUAUCUAAAUUCUUUUGCGCUCUCAUAGACGGGCAUGGCUUUGGCGUUGUGCAUCGCAGCUUGUCCUUGACACUUCCCAGUAGGGCGGGCAUCCUCAUCGCUAUCACACCUCGAAAGCUCUUCUCCGCCCGUUCCUCCCCUGCGUAUUACACCUUAAAUUUCGGCGAAGAAAAUCCCCGGCGGCCGGGAAUGCUCCAAGCCAACCGUCUCGCCUACUUGGACAACGCUGAAUCCUUUGUGAAAGGCUCUCUACGCUCCUCCUCCGACGGCCUGAUUUGUGUAUACAGACCCAAUGAAGGCGUUGUUGUUUGCAACGUUAGUACGGGACAACUUAUUUUCCUUCCCACAAUGCAAUCCCACUCCCCCUAUCUAUUUUCAUCCUGUGCACUGUUGGGAUUCGAUUCACUGUCUAAAAGAUAUAAGGUUUUGAUGAUUGACAGCUUCGAGUAUAAGCAUUGGGUUUUUACUGUGGGAGUAGAUAAAUCAUGGAGGGAGAUCAACUACUCCUGUUCCCACCCCUUUUACCCCUUUGAUGCCUAUGCCUGCCCUAGCUACUCCGAUACUAGUGUUCACAUUGACGGCGUUAUCUAUUCUUUUAAUUGGCUCACUAAAGAUGACCCUCCUAACUUCCACAUAGUAGCAUUUGAAGUUGGCUCUGAGAGGUAUUCUUUGAUACCAUUUCCAGUUGAAAUUUCAUCAUCAUCAUCACAGUAUCAAUGUGCUAUCUUUGCUCUCGGAAAUUUUGCAUUGCUACAAGUUGAUGGAGGUCGGUUGGCUAUCGUUUAUGUUCACAAAAUAGGCCACCUAUUCUACAUGGAUGUUUGGACUUAGGAGAAAUCUAAGGGAUGCAGCUGGGAGAAGAUUACUACGGUCAUUCCAUUCCAUUUGAUAGUAGAACAAUCAAUGCAAUCAAUAGAGCACCUGCCCUAUACUACAAAUCAUGCUGGGGAUAUUGUGUUGUUAUGUACAAAUACUAAACAAUUUUCCAUUUUGGUUUGUAACUUGAAAAGUAGAGUUUGGAGAAAAUUUAAUGUAGGUGGAGUUAAGGAAUUUCCAAUUUGUUACCCUACGGAUGUUAGAAUGUACAAGACUAUGGACAAUGUGUUUUCCAUUGAGUAGUUUGAUUUUGAAUGUAUGUUUGAAUUAUGAGAGAA